AUGUUUCAUUCAUUUUUAUCGACAAGCAGAGCUGCUCAGUCAUGUCUCAAUCGGGGUCUAGUGAUGCGAUCACUCUCCUCGUCAUCAACACCAGCAAACGUUCCAGCCUCGCUUUACACCUGGGGAACCAAUAAAAAUGGAUCUUUGAUGCAGACAACAAGCGACAAGAUUGUAUGGGAACCAACGCUAGUCCAGGACCUUCCUUUCAAAGUAAAAAGUGUGGUGUGCGGUCCUACUGAUUCAGCUGUCAUUGAUUCUGAUGGAGCCGUCUAUGUUAUCGGAACGAACAAAUCUGGACAACUUGGGUUGAAUCACACGAAGCCUGUUACAGAAUUGACAAAAAUACCCGACUUGCCACCAGUAAAGCAGGUUGCUCUUGGCCCUAGUAGCUCUGCAAUCAUUACAGAGGAUGGGGACUUGUACACCGCUGGAUUUGGUGGGUCUGUUGUUUCUGGAUUGGGGUGUUUGGGACAUGGAAAUGGAGAACAAUACUUGCAACCGAAAUUAGUGGAGUCUCUUGUCGAAGAUAAUUGUUAUGCCAAGGAUGUAGUCCUAGGGGAAUCACACAUGACAGUAUUGACAACGGAAGGUGAAGUAUUAACAACUGGUUCUAGUAGUUACGGCCGCUUGGGGAAUGGUGAAACAUCUGUGGAUUCCCUUUACUUGGAACCAGUCGAACUGCUUCAACGGGCUGAUCAGAUUGAAGGAGGAAAAUCCUUCACGCUCGCAUUGAACGAAGGUAUUGUAUACGGCUGGGGACGUAAUCAUAAAGGUCAGCUUGGAACUGGUUUCGGAAUGGCAGUAGAUAUGUAUUCGAUGGAGGAAGUUCCACGCCCAAUCGAUGCUGAUGAACUCAUGAACCGAACCGUCACAAAAAUUGCUACUGGAGCUAACCAUGCAGCGUGUAUCACAACGAGUGGUGAGCUGUUCUGGUGGGGCAUUUCUCUACAUCUCGAACCUGUUCGAGUGGCCGAAGUUUUGCACACUAAGAUUAUUGACGUUGCAUGCGGCAAUGAUUACACCAUGGCUUUGUCAGAAGAUAACCACAUCUACACGUGGGGAUCUGGAAGAACGGGAGUCUUGGGCGUCGGAUCGGGGACCAAAAACCUGAAUCAAGCUCAAAUGAUAAAGACUAUGGUUGACGAGAAGGUAACACAAAUUUCUGCGGGCUGGGCUCACGCAGCAUGCGUAGUAGAGAGUGAGUAA